AAUAACAGUCCUUGGCAAGCAGUUUCAGUUGGUGCUUUCUGCCAGGCUUGGACGUUGUUCCUCUCUUCUCUUUCCCGCACUUUUUACUUUCUUCUGCUUGUUACUUUUUUUCUAGAUAUCUUCUCACCGCCUCUAGCUUUGUGGAGUUCCGCAGAAUGGCUGCAGUAGAGCCAUGGGUCGCUGUGCAGAAAAAGACUUUUGAACGCUGGGUAAACAUCCACUUGGAAAAGCGCCAGCAGGCUGUCGUGGACUUGUUCGAAGACUUACGUGAUGGCGUGAGGCUUUGCUUCCUUGUAGAGGUGCUGACCAAGGACUCCGUGGGUCGCAUCAACAAGUUCCCUCGCUACCGCUCGCAGAAGCUCGAGAACACCAGCUUGGCGUUGAGGAAGAUCACUGCUGAUGGCGUGAAAUUGGUCAACAUUGGGCCGGAAGAUGUCGAGUCUGGCAACAAUAAGCUCACUCUGGGUUUGAUCUGGUCGAUCAUUCUCAAGUAUCAGAUCUCUGCUUAUAUUGGUGAUAAGACCGGCCAGUCUCCCUUGCAGUGGCUCUUGGAGUGGCUCAGGAAUAAGCUAAAGCCGAAAAACCUCAGGCCUAACAACCUGACUAAGGAUUGGAACGAUGGCAAGCUCCUGCCUGCUUUGGUGGAUGCCGUGGCACCCGGCCUGUUCCCUGACUGGGACUCACUCUCUGACGACCCCGUCGGAAACCUGAAGACUGCGAUGGGUCUUGCCAAGGACUGGUUGGGUGUCACCCCUCUGAUCAGCCCGGAGGACAUGGCUAAUCCGAAUGUGGAUGAGAAAAGUAUGAUGACCUACCUCUCCCAGUUUGUCAACGCCGAGCCGCGACAAGGCGCGCCCAUCGGUCAGCACAAGGGACUGAACGCCGGAAACGUGCGCGUCUACGGUCCCGCGCUGGAGGAGGACGUGCUGGUGAACACGGAGACGCGUUUCUUCAUCGACGCCACCAAGGCGGGCAAGGGCACCGUGUCGCUGGCAUUCGGCGGCCCCGCUCAGCCAAAGGUCGACGUCCGCUCCAAGCCCGGCGAGCCGCAAGAGAUCGUCCUGACCGCUCCCAAGGCUGGGGACUAUGACGUCGUCAUCAACUUCGAGGGUAAGGAGAUUCCGCACAGCCCCGUGCGUAUCCACGUGGUUCCGGAGGAUCCAGACUCGACCAAGGUCAUCGUCAAGGACCUUGGACCCAACGUCCAGAUCGGUCCCAUCAACACGUUCUCCAUCGACGGCAGCAAGGCCGGUGGCUCGGGUUUCCUGGAGAUCGGUAUCAACGGUCCCACUCUGCCUGCCAACCAGAUCUUCAUCGAGCACAAGGGAGACCAAAAGUUCGAAUGCAAAUUCGUUGUCGUCGAGAAGGGCACCUUCCUUGUAAACGUCAAGUGGCACGGAGAACACGUUCCUGGCUCUCCAUUCGAGGUGGUCGGCUCCAAGAAGUGAUUACAGCUUUCGGAAGCUGCCACGUGAACUUUUGAAAACAUGUCAAAGAAAGUGAAGGUGUUGAGAUGAACGUAAAAAAAUUAUUCUUCAACUGAUAUCCGCUUUUUGUGUCCCUGAACAUACAAGCUCGUUUUGAUCUGUGCCUGUAGGCUGUACCGCCGCUUGUCUUUCUCAGUACUUUAUUUGUAUCCGUGUGGUAUGCACGGUGUACACUGCGUGUCCCAGUACCGUGGGUGUACAUGUAUGUGCGUGCCGUGUGAGGAUUUCCCCGCUUCGAUUCCCUGAAACUUCUGAAUAUGUCCCCCCCCCCCCCCCCCCCCCCCCCCCCGUCUCUUCUAUAUUUAUUUCAGAUACCGGUAUCAGCUUUAUUAGGUGAUUGAUCUGUUGAUUUAGGCUUUCUCAAAGAAAAUGUGUUUGUUCCCAUAAACACUCGAUCUGCGGGCAGAA